CCGUUGCCGCACCUGCUUCGCUUCUCCUCUCUGCUCUCAGGAUUCGUCUACUCUUUGAAGCCAAUCUUCAAGAUGCAAAACGAAGAGGGUCAGACCACUGAGCUUUACAUUCCUAGGAAAUGCUCUGCUACUAACCGGUUGAUCACUUCCAAGGAUCAUGCCUCUGUUCAGCUCAACAUUGGUCAUUUAGAUGCUAAUGGCGUGUACACCGGACAAUUCACCACCUUUGCUCUCUGUGGUUUCGUCCGUGCCCAGGGAGACGCAGACAGUGGUGUCGACAGGCUGUGGCAGAAGAAGAAGGUCGAAGCCAAGCAAAACUAAGAGUUUAAGCUGUCGUUUUUUGGUCGAAUCUUGAUAUUUUUGUCCGAAAGAUUGUCUCACACUGAAGUAAUGAUUUUGGCUUGAGUCUUGGAACUUAACUUAAUGCUUUUGUGCACCAGUCUUCUAACACUUUCUCGACCUUUUAUCAUUCUGAAGUUUUAAGAUUUUGAGUCCAAAGUGAAUAAACGUUACCACCUCCU